CAGAGGGGGACACAUCUCCAGAGAAUAGACGGGCACAAAGAAGGGAUUAAAUACCAGGAAUAAGGAUAACAAUCGUUUUUUUGUGGACUGCAUCAACAGGAGUAAGGAGAGAGGAUUUUCUCUUUGUGUUUGUGAGUAAAUGCUGCAACUGAAACAGUUUUGACUCACUUUAAAGUGGAUUCUACCUCUGGAUAACACUAUGGAAGUACACGAUAUGAGUACUCCUCCCCCCUCUGAAUAAUAAUAAUCAUCAUGGUGGAGCCGGUGGGGUUUGUGGCUGCAUGGAAAGCCCAGUUCCCUGAGUCUGACCCCCCCUCCAUGGAUCUGGAGUCACUGGGGAACAUCGAGCAGGAGCUGGACAAAUGCAAGACGUCCAUCAGACAACUGGAGAAGGAAGUGAACAAGGAGCGUUUCCGCAUGAUCUACCUGCAGACUCUGCUGGCCAAAGAGAGGAAAUCCUACGAUGGGCAGCGGUGGGGAUUUAAAAACUCUCCACAGAUCAACGAUGGAGACCAGCACACAGACACAGAUGAAGUAAGCAGUAAAGCACAUCUGGAGGUGGAUGCAGCGUCUCCGAGCAAACAGAAAGAUGUUGGUCCAGAGGUUCCUGAGUAUCCUCCAAGCACAGGCUCCGUGGCCGCUCUGAGGUCCAACUUUGAGCGCAUCAGGAGGGCCAACUCUCACUCUGCAGGGGACGGGAGGGGCCUGUCGGUGAUGGAGAAGCCCUUCUACGUGAACAUGGAGUACCACCACGAGCGAGGCCUGGUCAAAGUCAAUGACAGGGAGGUUUCAGACAAGAUCAGCACCCUGGGGAGUCAGGCCAUGCAGAUGGAGAGGAAACGGUCCCUGCAUUCACUUCCUGGGAACCUUUCUGCUGCAUCGGGGGACAUCAGUAAGGUGCAGAGAGGGAGAUCUACGGAGGGAGUCAACGGGGCGUACGAGGAGGUGGGGGGGAGGUCCGAGUGCCAGCCCUACACCAGUGUGUACGUGGGGGGGAUGAUGGGGGAGGGGGAGCCUCGAGUGAUCCACAUCCGGGACCACAGCCAGGAGGAGGAGGCUCACCUCACCUGGCCCCGGAGGUCCUACUCUCCAGGGAGCUUCGACGACGUGGGAGGUGGAGGCUACACGCCGGACUGCAGCUCCAACGAGAACCUGACCUCCAGCGAGGAGGACUUCUCGUCGGGUCCGUCCAGCCUCAUAUCCCCAAGCCCCUCCACCUUCCCCCUAUACCGGGAGAAGAGCCGCUCCCCCUCCCUCGGCAGCAGCAGCCCCCCCACCCCGCUGGCUCAGAAACGCCUGAAGCAGCAGGGGGUCGUCUGCGAGGCCGCCGUCAUCGGGGUCCGCAAGACGGGAAAGAUCUGGAGCGGAGACGGAGAAUCCAACACCUCCAGCAGGAACUCCCAGGACCACAGUGGGCAGGAUCUGGGUAAGAGACACCACACAGAGCAUUACUGAGGACUUUUAUUUGGAAGGAUUAUUAUAUUAACAGAACAGUAUUAUAUUGGUGCGGGGAAAUCAUUGUAUCGCGAGAUUUGGAGUUAUAUAUUGCUAUUAUUCUGAUAUUUGGAUUUGAGGCCCAUUAUUUUCAUGGAUUUUGGAUAUCCUAAGUGUUGAUUUACUUUGUUUAAAGGCUGCGUUAAAGUACAGUGAUGUAGUAGUGGCAAUAUUUUAUUGAUACGCAGAUUUAUUUAACAUUUGAUGGGUAU